AUGCAGACCUCCCCAGAGAGGAUAACAGAGGCCCACCUUGCAUUAUCUUGUGAGACCAACCAACCAACUUCGCUGGGAGGGGAAGUGUCAAGAAAGAGCCUGAUUUCAAGACCUUCUCCAGGGCCUGCAAGAAAACCUGAGGGGGGAGAACAGUAUCCCUCAGGAAGGGCUUUCUUCAAGGGGAGGUGCCCGUUCUGGAUGAAGAGGAAAGGGGCUGCCAAUCCCCCCCAGGGACAGGUGACCCCCAAGAGCCGCCUCUGCAUGGAGGCCACUCACGAGAGCCCCAUCCAAGCUGUCCGGAAGCCGGCCACGCGGGAGGACGCCCGAGGGCUGGACUCCGACGAGGAAUCCGUGCGAGGGGGAAACGGCACCUCCCUCCUCAGGAACCUCCUGUGCCUGAAGAAGACGCCCGGUGGCCCAGAGGCAUCACCGGCCCAAAGGGCGAGAGUCAGGUGCGGGCCUGUGGCCGCCCUCAGCAGAACCGCCGACCCGCAAGGGGAGUCUCCUCUGAGGUGGAAGCCCGGAGCUAAGGCCCAGAGCCCAGCAGAGGCCAGCUCCAUCGCGGAGACAGAUGUGGCAGAUACAGUGGACAGGUUUGUCGGGUGGUGGGCGAAGCCAUGGAGAGCUUUCAGGGCCAUGCUGAGAUGCAGAGCCAAGAAAAGGUCGGUUCUCCCAGAGAACGAGAGAAGUCCCAAGGCGGCGGAAGGAAGGGGUAUUCGCCUCCCCGCAGAGCCCGAAACCUCGCCCAUCGCCAGGGUGGAUGGAUCCCCCCGUUUUUCAGCCACGGAGGACAAAACUCUUGCAUCCGACGCGGGUGAAACUCACGGCCCCCAAGAGGAGGGUGAAGGCGACCGCCUGAGCUCAAGGUGUGGGCUGGAGAUCCACGGGCGGGCAGAGGACGAUAUUUCGGACCCCGCGACUGAACGGGAAGUCGACGAGCUCUGCACUUUCUUGAGCGAGGGAAGGAGGCCUGGGGAUGAGAGUCGAGGCCACAGGGGCGUUUUUGAGUGGAGGGGUGCUUGCCACCUUCCUGGGGGGAACGGAGUAGAGGCGGGAGACGUCGCAGACCGGGACCCUGAGCCGGGGGACUACGGGUACUGGGCCGAGGCAUCGGACGGAGAGCAACAGGCUCUCGCCGAUCUCGCCGAGAACCCAGGAGGACAGGGCAUGGUGAUGGCGACGGGAGAUCUGGGCUGGCUGGACACCGAGUUCCCGGCAAGCCCGGUGGUUGGGAUGGGUGGGCCGAAGGAAAAGCGGGGAAGGGAUGUUUCUGCUGCAAGCAAUCCCGAAAGCCAAGCGACUGGAGGAGGGAACGGGCGUGUGGCAGACACCGGCAGAGAGAACCAACACAUCCGCCAGGAAGUGCUGCAGCAUCUCAGCAGCUGCUCAGUUCCUCCGCCAGCCUCAGAACCCGGCAGAAGCGAUGCUCUGAAACCAGACCCUUAUGGCGCUCCUAGGGCCUACAUCGCGGAGGAAGAAGAAGGGGAGACAUCUCCCGGCUUCCCACAGACCCUGCCGACCCCCCUGGAGCCGUCUCCCUCUUUUCCACCCAGAGGGCAAGGACUUCCGGAGGGGCCACCCCCACCAAGGCCGUGCGAGGACGGAGGAAGGGAAGUCUGCCAAAGGAGAGGGAGCUCCGGGCGGAAGCUGCCAUCGUCCACGGAGGAGGAGGAGGAGGAAACCGUGCCAGAGCCGGGAGAGGCGGGCGACAAGCAGCGGCUCUACCUGGCUGCGGUGGAGAUCGUGGGCGCCGCCAUCGACGCCGCAGCAGAUCAGCUGGCAAAGGCGGCCGAGCGGGAGCAAGGAGAGAUGGGGUCCAGCAGAGAAGUUCCUUGAGGUCCCCGUUCCUGGGGGGAGCCGAGAACCCUGC